GACUAAUAGUGUCAACGAGUGUCUUUUUUUUUCAACAUUUAUGGAUUAAAUUUAUCACAAAGACUAAACCUAGAUCUAGGUCUAUCAGUACGUUGACUUUGUUGACAUUUUAAAAAUAUUUUUUUCCCACAGAGAUCAAAGUUUUUUUUAAGUUAGUUUUACAUUUUAAACUUUGUUGCCACGAAUAAAACUGCAUGAUAUAGAGUAAUUCACCAAAUUGGAACACUGACGUUUUUGAGCAUAAAUGGAACAGCUCGCCGUUUUUUCGUUCAUUUGCCUUUUUGUCUUUACUUGUUGCAGAACUUCCGGUAUGCUAAAGCGCAUGUUCCAUUUUUGAACACAUAUCUCACAUACUUUUUCGUUUUUCUUCAAUGUUGAAGUACCAAUAAGAGUUCAAAGUGAACAGACUCGUCCAACUAUUAGAUUCUAGAUCUGGACUAAAUCUAGAUUUCUAGACCUAGAUCUAUCAUGUCUUCAAAGAAAUCAACACCUAUACGUUACAUACGUCAUGACAUAGAUGUAAUAAAGGCAGCUUUGGAAGAUAUUCAAAGUAAAGGAAUGUCCUUAAGAGAAGCAGCCAAAUUUCACAAUUUACCUGUUACCACUCUUCACAAUAAGCUGAAAGGGAAGAAUCCCCUUCUUUCUAAAAAGACACUUUUAACUGUGGAUGAAGAGAACAAACUAGCCAAAUGGCUUAUAGAACUUGCCAAAUAUGGCUUUGGCAAAAGUAAUAAUGAGGUUUUAGAGACUGUACGGGCCAUCAUUGCUGCCAGAAAGGAUAGCACUCAAAGUCAAGAACAGAUAAAGCUACCAACCAGACAGUGGUUGUUUAGAUUUUUCGGCAGGCAUCCAGAACUAUCUUCAAGAGCCCCAAUGUCCCUUGGGAAGGAGAGAGCUUUAGUUUCACCUGAGGCAGUAAGCUUAUGGUUCACUAAAUUUGAAAAAGCCAUCAAUUCUGUUGACCCUACCAUUUUAAUAAGUCCCAACAGAAUAUUUAACGCUGACGAGAGUGGUUUUGGUUUUGACAAAAAAAACCGUAAGGUUGUAGCUUUUAAAGGCAGCAAACACAUUUACAAAAUGUAA